GUCCCCGCGGCUUUAUCUCCCACCGGGCUCCGCCUGCCGCCGGCUGCUUCCCGUCGCCGCUCCGCAGGGCUCCGCACCGCCGGGCUCCGCACCGCCGGGCAGGGCAGCGCCCAUGGGCUGCGGCAACUCCACGGCCGGCGGCGCGGGCGGGAGAGGUGCCACAGGGACUACUAAAGAUGUAGCAGAAGAAUCUGUAUCGGAUGAUGACAAAAGGAGGAACUAUGGUGGCGUGUAUGUUGGCCUGCCGUCGGAUGCGGCUGCCAUGGUUUCCAGUCAGACGAAAGCUGCACCGAAAGGUAUUGGAAGAUUAGAAGGAAAUAAACCCAUCAAGAUGCAAACAGCUGGAGUCUUCUACCAAGACCAGUUGCCAGUGCUUUAGAGAGAGCUGUCUUUGUGCUGAAGAUUUUUAUACUUACGUAGCCUUCCGGAGAGCAAAAGAGAUCAGAGCACCAAAAAAAUCUAAACUGUUGCAAGUUCCAACUACGGGUAAAGCUUAAAGUACAGCGUUGAAUCAGUUUCCUAUGAUGAUUGCAUUAUGGAAACCUCCUGCUGUUCUCCAGUGAAAAAUGAAAUUAGUGGACUCAUGGUGGAUGUUUCUGCACAAGAGCUAACUUUGAUGAUCUGCAACUUAUUUCUCUGUGGCCAUAUUGCAGAUUUCAUCAGCUAUCAGCUACGCUUCGUAUAUUUUCUCCAACAAUUUUUGAUAGAUUUUAUAUAGAAAACCAUUACUACUGUCCACUUAAUAGUUCCUAUGGUAGGUUCCUAUAAAUUAAUUGUUAAUUUACUUCAGAGUAAUAUAUUUGACAGGUUUGCAUCUUUUUGGUAAUAUUGCAAAUUUUAAUAUUUUUGCUGUGAAAACUUAAGAAUAGGAUGAAAUAAGCGUAAGACCAUCGGGUUCUUUAUAAUUACUACCAUCACUUUUAUACAGUGAGACAAAUAUUAGUCUUCAAUUUUCACCUUUUAAGAAAAUAUUGCUCGAGGAAAUUUAUUUAAAUAAGAACAAUGUACUUCAUCAUAAUAUCUACAUGUCUGUUUUUAUUUUCUUCAGCUUUAUCUCUUUUAUAAAGCAUUACAUGAAAAAAAAAUACUAAUGAACCAAACUGUUAUGUUAUAUCUUCCAUUCUGUUUAAUAUUAUAAUGACAUUUCCUUGCAUAAGGAUGAAGUGAUAGUAUUUUCGGAGGUGGCGUGACUGAACUCCAGUGCUGUAUCCUCCUGAACUGUAGAGGAUUUUUGAUCACUAUUGGAGUUUUAUAUCCCAUCUCUAAGUAUCUCCAGUAUGGCAAACUGUAACAGAAUGAGUGUUGUUAUUAUUUUAGCAAACUGUUGUAUUAAAUAAUGGAUGGGAGGUUUUAAAAUUCAUUAAAUUUAUAGCAACUGUAGGUUUCCCAGAUUGUACAUUUCCAUAUGGUUGAACAAGUAUUUAAAUUAUUAAAGCCUUUUGCAUAAUUCUUUAGUCAAACUUUUUUUAGUAGGACACGAUAUGCCAUCCACUUUAAACAAACAAAGAAACCAAAAAACCCCAACCCACACCACAUUAAUGUAUUACUGUAGAUUAAUGACCACUUUACAUGAAGAAGUGAAACACUGUGAACCAUGAAAUUACUGCCCGUUUCACUGAUGCCUAUUGAGACGAAUGAACAGCCAUUGACUAUGAUCUCCAGAAACUUGCAGCUCUUGCUUUAAAAUUAGUAGUAGUUUGUUUGGUGUGAGGCCUGUUAAAAGAGGUAUUUAAAACUAUUCCUUGCUUGUCCUCUUUUAAGUAUUUGUGACAUUAUUUACUGCUGUUCUCUGGAAAUCUGCCACUUGGGUUAUCAAUGAUUUCAGGCUUCCAGCUCCUGAAGACAAAUAUACAUCUCAUGCUUGACCCCUCCAACCCUGAACCCAGAUGAAAUAAGCUUGAAGAUUAUGAGGUGGUGUUAGAAUAUCUCAGUAUGAAUGAAUGAAUGUAGAUGACAUCUGCAGAGUGUUGUUCUUGCAUGGCAAGCUGCAGAGAACGCAAGUAACAGUGGGUAAUAAACACGCAGGUUUGCUUCCCACCUGCUUCCCAUAGCAUAAGCGUAUAGUUUCCACAUCACAUGUUCCAUAAACGGUUUGCACAGUACCAGUUUAUUUAGUACAAAGCAAUUAGGCCUAUGUCUGGCCUGAUAACAUUACCUUUCCCAAAGCAGAAAAAACACCAGUCGUCCUAGGAUACAUCAUAGUGCUUGAAAAGCGGACAACAGAUGCCAGUUAUCUCCCCAGUUAUUCAUCCACUUCUAUCAUUCAGUUGCUGGGAAGAGUCAUCAAAAGUGUGGACAGGGCUAAAUGCAAACAUCACUUGUUCUGCUACUGAUAUCUGAACCCCUGUGUGUGGGCUGAGGAGAGAGAGAGGUGAUCUUUAUUGAAUAGCUCCUAGCAGUUGGUGGUGGGACAGUUGCAAAGGGUACUCUUUCUUGUUUUAUGUCACUGCUUAAUUUUUCUUGUGCAGAUCUGCAGAGAAGUGUGGAGCAUUUUGCAGAAUUGGCCUCUUAACGAGUCAUCCUCUGAAUGUGUGGGAGGUAUGGUGGUUUCUUAAUAUUUUUGUUCCUCUGCAUCUUUUAAUUUCAAAAGCUUACUGAUCAACUGACAAAUGUUCCAGUGUCAUGGACUGGAGCCUCAGCAAUAGAUACACAUUCUAUUAUGCCAUGCAGCCCUCUACCCAUCAGACUGCCCAGGGUGCUCUGGGCCUGUCUUAGAUUUGCAGACUCUUGUCUUUUGUUUUCCCAAGGACCCACAGAGGGGGUCUGUGAGGCAGGACACUGUAUUCUGUCUAGGCCAAAUUCCACUUAGGGAACUGAGUUUCUGAUCAUCAAAAUUCCUCUACGGUGAGCAGCAUUUCUUAAGCCUUUGUUGAUAAAAGCACAUGACAUUUCAUGGAGAAACAAGUAUAUCUGCUCUUUCAAAACUUACAAUUUAUGGAUAUUUCUGUUAGGAAGACGAACACAAAAGAAGCCCUAUAAGCCAGCUGCCAGCUGUGCAUUUGAUGGCGUCCUUGAAGGAUAUUUAGGCACUCAAAUGAUGGUUCAAUGGGAGAAUUGAGAACAGAACACAAGGAGCCAUUGAAUGGCAGAGUUAUUAUUAAGGAAUAUACUUUGGUUUUGUUAAAACAUCUUGAAUUACCAUUUGUAAAGAAGAAACGUUUAAAUGUUGGGGCUGUAAUACCAUUUCCUUUGCAGUUGUCACUCUUUCUCCAGCCAGAGCUAAGGAGCCAGUGAAAAUAGUUUAGCAAAGACAGUGGAUUCAGGCUUUAUAAUCUUAGACACUCCCAUUUGGGAUUCUUUGACAGCCCAGAAAUAUUAUGCUUGAAUUCACAUAACAGACAACUGAAUCUUGGGAAAUUCUGGAGUAUCAAAGCAUAGGAUUGUAAUGACAGUUUGUGAUUAGCUGAAAAACAAUCCAGGUAUCUUGUUGGAUUGUGAAUUUUGGUCUAGUAGUACAAACUACUUCACCUCGAAGACUGCUGCUCCUUUGAAUUACGCUGAUGAGACAGUGCAUUUAUUUUGCUUUCUUCUUAAUGCAGAACCUGGAGCUUAGUUGUAAGGACCUGGUUCCGUGGUAUCUGGGUAGUCCAGGUAGAGAUACUGCCCAUCUCACGUGUCCAUCCACAUCACAGUGUAGUUCAGGGGAUGUGACAUUGCUUUAAAACUUUGUGUCAUUCAAGGGUUAAAUCUGUCACUAAUUGGGUUGCAGAAGACCUGGUAAAGCCCAUUGUAAGGUCAGUUAGGACUUCAUUCACUAGAAGUGAAAUCCUCUCAUAGCAAAGAGUCCACACAAGGCUGAAGCUGCAGAAAAACCUAAAGGUGAAAUUUGUCUCUAACGAACGCAGAGGCAAAGUACUAAAUUACUUGUUUUCAUCCUGCAUGUCUAGCACAGGAGUCUCUGCUGUAUCGGGCUAUGGUUGAACUGGCAUCACUAGUGUAUUGUUCCUUGUCACCCACACAAGUCUAGUGAUUCUCAAUAGUCAUGCUUCCCAAGCACUCAGUGAGUCACUGCUGAUCUGUUUUCUGCAAAGUAGACCGCUGUUUGGUUCCCAUGGUGAUCAGAAGUGACAAUUAUUACAGACUGCUACUACAGUUCCUCAGUUGCGUGUACCCACUAAAAGAAGCUCUUAUCUGGUUAUAGUUCCUCGGAGUUUUGCAGUACAUCCUCACCGCUUCCUAUUGACAGCAAUUUGAACACUUCAGGUGAAUUGGCUUUGUGGAGAACACGCUGGAGGAGAAUGAUUUGUGGAGUAUUUUUGUUUUGCAACGUAUUUAGAAAAAGACCAAGAAAAUAACAGCUCUCUCGACUUUCCAUAGAGCAAUGGCGUGCCAGUGUUGCAGGAAAUGUUUUGAGGCUGGGCUAAAUGAUUCAACUCUUGUUUUAGCAACAAACACGUGCAGAAGUUAGAUUUAUCAUAAUAGGAGUGAUUUCAUUUUACAUGAUCUGACAAUUUUUACUGUAGCCCCGGGGUCUUCAAAGAUUGGAGUAUUUCCCAGACAGCAGACACCUGCUUGUGGGUGCUUAGAGCGGCUGUCACCCAUGUUGCGGGAACUUCUGUGUCGUGGGUACUUACCUGGUCAUUAUUAAAAUACCUAUAAGCUGAAGAUAGGACCCUGCUUGUGAAACAGAUCAUUCCGUGAAGUGCAGUGAAACUCUCAUUAGUUUAACUGUACUGAGAAAAGAAUUAGAAAGAUACCAUGGGAUGGAGCCUGGAUGAAGGGGAUUUUGUGUGCCAGAAAGGAGGAAAUAAGUAGGAGAAUGAGGAUUAUAAUAUCAUGCAGUGAAGACAGAUGCAGAAGGAGGUUACGAACAGAAAAUGACGUAAAAAAGGAAAUAGUUUAAUUAAGUAUCUACUCCAUUUCUCUGUGAUUCUAAUCUCUUGAAAACAGAGCAAGUAGACGACUGCUGCCAAAUCGUUCUAAGACUGAAGAGAAAUGGAAUUUGGCUUAUCGGUUCAUUCCAGCCCUCAGAUGUCUGAGAUUGGGAAACAACUUAUCUCAUUUUUCUUUGCUUAAUGCCCAGUGUAAUGAGCCUAUGAACCUUAUAUGUCCUUUUGGGUGUUACCAGGAUAUGUAAAUAUCCUGCCUUCUCUUUCAAAAUUUGCGUUAGUGUUCUUUUUGUUUAUGUCUCUCUAUGCAGACUGAAACUUCUAAUUACUUUGGAAGUUUGCAUCACACUUGAAAAACCACUUAGUAGACUGAGAAAAUAUACAAGAUGUAAAAAUCAUUAACAGGCUUAGCACAAGGAAAGAUUAUAGAAUAUGCGAAAAGGAAGUGAGAGCUUAAUCGGAAAAACAGAGUAGAGUUAGAACCAAAGCUUUGGUUUAAUUAUGCCACCUAUUUUGCAUUUCUCAUAACUAAUGGAUCACUGUGCAAAUGAUUAGUUUGGAUCACAGCACCCUUAUCGGUACUCUGGGAAUUAGCAGUCCACUUACAGAGUUUUGUUUAUGGUCUUUGAUUCCUAUGUUUUAAUGAGAAAUACUGAAUUCCACCCUUAGCCUUCAUUGCCCACUUUUUGUGUUGGCCAAACCUCAGUGUUGUCUGCAGGAUGGCUUCAGCUCCAUAAAAGCUGAGCUCACUGGAUUCUUACUGUGAGGCUGUGAUUCAGAGCAACAUGCUAAUUGGAGGCAGGUCAUAUUCAAUAACUUUUGUGGGGGAUACCAGACUGUAGGAAAAUGUUAAGACUGUUUAUUGGAGUUAGGGAGGUAUUCAGACUUUGGAGAGAGUCCACAUUGCGUCGCUACCAAACUCUACUUGACAGAAUACAAACAUAACACCAUAUGCAUAAAUAAAUAAAAUCAGGGAGGUAAGAACACUUUUCAGCUUAUAUCUAAUAUCAUAUUUAUGUUUAUCUGUUACUGGACACUGACCUAUAACUUUGAGCUGUGAAUAUUUUCUAUCAGAUAGGUUUGCAUUCCCCAAAUAAUAUUGCUAUAAGAAAAAAAACUUGGAAGGACUUCUGCUACCUGUGUUGUCCAUAGGAGCCUUACAUACUUUUGGGAAAUCAACCAACAGAUUUUCUUUAAAAUUAAAAGAUUUGAUUAGAUCUAAAUAUAUAAAUAGUAUCAACUUGAGCAAACUCCAAGUAUCUGGUUAUUAUAACAACGUACUUCAUCUUUGAAGUCUCACAAGAAACCAGUUGCCUACUUCUUUUUCCUCUUCCAAAUUGUGGGUUAGUUUAAUAAAUAAAUGAUUAAAUUCUUUUACUGUUCUAUCGAAGGAACUGCUUUGGAUCAUCGGAUAAAAACAAAACAUUUUUGGCAGGGAAUUAAUUUGUAGUAAGGAAACUCUGCCAGCCAGGGGAGAUGGAGCUUCUAUAAAUUCCAAAUUCUUUGUAAUAGGAUAAAUAAUGGUUGGAGAAUUUACACAGCAUUAUUAAAGGGUCUUUGUUCAAGACAUCAUUGCUUGUAUAAGCAUUGCUUCUUGAGAAAUCCAAGACAUCCAGUGAAAAGAACCCUGAAAUCAGUAUAUGGAAAAUAAUUUUUGAUUUCUGAUAAUAAUUUGCCAAGAGCAGCAUUAUAUUUUUCCCUUCGAAAUUCAAGAGGAAGUCAAAUUCUCAUCUGAACCAGUAAACAAUCAACCUCUCCUUGCCUGCAAACAAUUGCAAGCAAUUCUCAUUCAGAGCUACAGGAAAAAAGAUAAAGAGUAUUGACUAGCUCUAUGAUAGAGAUAUAUACGUUGAAACUAAUCCAAAUCUUUAACAAAUUAGACUAGAUUAGACUAGAUUUCAUGUUUCCUCCUUUCAGGUAUUUUUAUUGAAACAUGAUAUUUUUCCUUCAUUUUCUCCUGUUGGCUGAAAUAAUCCCUGGCACAACAUUUCCUCUGUAUUUGUUGUACGAAUGUGUACUUCAUGCAAUUUUCAAAACUUUGUGCACUAUUUGCCAUUUUUAUCUCAAAUAUACCCUCUGGCAUAAAACCUUGCCACAGACUAGAUUUUACCCAAAGGGUUAGGCUCACGCCUUUGCUGAGGUGAGCACUCCAAGUGGGUGCCACUGAAGAACAUCUUAUCCUGAACGCUUUGCUACUCAGUUGUUUUUUUCAGCUUCAGUUGAAAAGUGGGUAAUGUUGCCUGAUUCUUCUCUAGGAGGAGCAUUUACUGCACACGUGACUGUAUCAUCUUGGGAUUUGGACUGACAUGGUUGUAGGAGUCUUCCAUUCCUCAGUGUAGGGUCUUGAAACCUCAUCUUACCUCCUGCAUGACACCUCCUUCAGAUAUGUCUGUGGAAGGCACAAAAUGGUGCGAAAGUGUCUCCAUUGCAUUCCAGUUUGAGCAGUGAUGUGCAAAAGAAGAGUAAACAUUACUGGUAACUUAGCUGGAGAGAUGACUUUGCAACAUUGUGUGGUCUCUUUGGAGCGGCUUGAAAUGAUGACAAAAGGAACAAGAUCAUAAGGACUUGGGUCCUGUGAUUCAAUAUCAUAAAUACCUGUAUUAGACACUACGAAUUAUAGCAGUAUCCCUUGUACUGUUAUUGCGGUUGCCACAAAGUAGUUGCAGUCCGCAACACCUGCACAUGUCCGUAGGUAGUAAGGGAAAUUACUUCCAGUUGGCAGAGGCUGACCAUUUGACCCGUAGGUUUUCUUGCCUAGGUCAUGGGGUGUAGCUGAGGUGCACAGAGUGUAGCUCAUCAUAAUCUGAAAACUCCCACUUUGCAGCCUGCUGGUUUGGCCACGCGGCUGUGCAGUGCACCUUCAUGGUGUCUACCAGUGUAAAUAGUCAAAGUGGUUUGAAGAACCAGCUGGUAGACUGCUGGGGCAGAAGGACACCUCUAUGACAUACUAUCUCUGUUGAUCCCACUGUCUCUUUGGUGCUCUGGGUAAGGUAUGGUGGCUUCACACCCACUGAGGGACCAGCCAUAUAUUGCCAGCGGUUCUCCCCAGGCCAGUUGUACCAUGCCAUACCCACACCGUGACAGCAGACCAGAACAAACAACACCGCUGUGCUGGAGAGGCUGGCCUUGUCUUCGACUGGCUGAAGUCUUAAAUAGUGCUGGGAUUUGUUUUUCUGCUUCCCUCGCUCUCUUAGCAGCAAAACCCAAGUGACUGCACUGAGUUGCCUUUUAUGUGCCUCCUGAACAAGCCUUAUGUUCAGAGCCGUGCUGGUGACAAUCAAAUUAAUCACUAUCUCAUCGGCAGCUGCACAUCGGGCUUUCCCGGCAGCCUCAGAGGAGGCGGGCUGUAGCCUUGGAUGUCGGAAUAAAUCCUUGUCCAAAGUAGGUCAGCAAACCAUGCCCAGCCUCCAGAAAUGGCUUUGUUCAGAGACAGCAAAUUUCUUGGUAUUGCUGGGGAUCGUUUUCUUCAAAUGUUUUUCGUGGGAAAUAAUCCUGCAGACCUGGAUGGCGAUGAUGGUUCCCUGGAGCCUGAACCCUCUGGCAGAACUUAAUAGAAAAGAUGUUCUGAAGGGAGAGAACCCCAAAGGCUUCUUAAAAAAAAAACCCUAAAAAAUGCAGAAGGAAAUCGUUGUAAGGAGCCUUGCUACACCUCUGCUGCUCUCAUGUUCGUAAUGUUCAAUUGAUUUAUCCUUAAAACCUGCAAAUGUCUUCAGUUUUGAUUUCACAGUAUCUAUACAUAUAAUUUUAGUAGUUAAAACCUUACCUUUUUUGAAACACUUAUUUCAAGUUUUGAAAAUAGGUACUCUGUGUGUAUUAUUUUGGUUUCCAGGAAAUUGCCCCAAUUAAUUAACCAUUUCUACAGCUCGUGUUUUUUUAUUUUUCACUUUAGGGAUUAGUUUUAAUAUGUGGACUCAAAUGCUGGUAUUAAAAUGGAGAGUUAUCUCAUUUUACAAAAUAUUUAGCAAUGACAGUGCUAACAGCACUGCUUGUCACUUUGCCACUGCCUGUGGCAAAGUUAUAGUUUAUGGACAUAAUUUAAAAAUCAAGUUAUUUUAAAUAACUUUGCUUCUUAUGGAGCUUUUAGGCCAAGUCUGAAAGAUAAUAGAGUCUAUAAAAACAUCAUCUCUGGGCUACUUCAGAUUGUCCUCUAAGCCAUAAAAAUAUGUCUCUGACGUUUUUUCUAUAAUGAAAUCCAUGCUGUUGUCCAGUUUCAAGGUGAUCCAUUAUAUCUCUGUUCUAGCUUCUCUACAGAUGCUACUAUUAUUCCGCGAUAAAAAAAGGCAACCAACCAUUUCUGUGUGCUCUGUAAAGUCUUAAAAGCAAGAUAGCUUAAAAUAAAUGUUUGCAUCCUGCUGUGUUUUUCUGACCUCCAAUGCACUUUGGGCACUACUAAACUAUAAAUAACAUCAAAAGAUUCACUCUCUCACUCUCUCAUGCUCAAAACCCUAAAAUAAUCAAACAUUAAAAAAUUAAAGAAUGACAAAAUUAAGUUUCUUGGUACAUUUGUAUUAUGACGCAUUUUUUGACAAUGUAACAAAAUAUUUUUUUCACAGGAUACAUGCUAAAAUAGAUUAAUCUAAUUAGAUAUGGAUGAAAACAUAUAUUUUCCCUUGAAAUUUUGCAAAUACUUGUUUAUUCAUUUUAUCAUUGUUUUAUCAUUGAUCCGGGCCAAUUUGUUGCCAAGGAAUAUGUUACUGCCUGUGCAAGUUCGAGAAUAAAAAUAUAAUUUUUUCUCU